CCGCGGAGGAGGGGGAGGGGCCGAUUUGGGCGGCACGGGCGUCAGUCGGUGUUGAUCCUCCGGAACGGCAGCAAACCCGCCAACAUGCAGCCCCUCUCGGCGACCGCACUCGUCGCUCUGCUCGUCUUCUUCGCCGUGGCGCCAGAAGGGGGCUCGGCCUUGCGCUGCUUCCAGUGCGGCCAAUACAAUGACGGCGUCGGCUCCAUCACGCCGUGCAUCAACUACUCAGAAGAAAAGAACCUCAAGGAGUGUCCAAGCACCGACUCAAAUUACUGCAUUAAAUACGUGAGCGGGAGCAGCGAAGUGCGGGACUGCAUCAAGGAGUGCAAGGAGAGCAGAAUCGAAUACGGGACGUACGUCCACUGUUGCACUGAGGACGGCUGCAACCCAGCCUCGGUGACGUCAGCCCCCGGCUUGUGGUUGGUGGCCGCCGUGGCCGCCGCACUCAUGCUGCGCCUCUAAGGCCGCUGGCCGCCGCCGGCCUCGGCUCAGCCGCUGCGGUUUUCGGCCCUGCAACCCGACCGAAACCAGUCCACUCGUCACGCUUUCUAGAAUGCCCUGGUUCGACGCCACCCACGACACCUUUCUCACCACCACCACCACCACCCCCGACCACUACCACUACCACCAACGCCACCACCCGGCAGCCGCAGCGAAACUCAUUCUAAAAUUUUAGAUUUAGAUUUUAUGACGUGUGCGAAAGAAAGAUUUCUAAAAUGACGUUUCAUUCAUUUUCACGUUCGAUAAUUCUACCGUCGCUCACUAGCGGCGACACUUGUGUUGGAUCGAAGCAGUAUUGUUACAGAAAAUAAUACCUUAUGGAUCUCUGAAUCGGAAUUAUUGUAAAGAGCGGGAAUUUUACUAGAAGUCACAACAUAACAUGUUUCGUGCAAGUGAGACACCUUAUGCUUUCCUCCGACAAUGAGAAUUGUGCGCCAUUAUACUAAAUCGUUUCCUGCAUUUCGCAUUCUCUGCUCUCACACUCCGCAAAUUAUGAAAGAGAAAACCUACAUUGAGCGUUUCCAGGUGUAAUUAAGUUCCCGACGCAAUAUUCGUUGUGAUAAACAUUCUAAAAACUCGCCAGAGGUUACGGAAACAGCAUAAGAUCUUUUGGAAUAUCCGGGGAGAAUCUCCGAUUGCUUAGCAAAUCGGUCAAUGAUAACCUCAGCCGACGACGAGUAUGUCUCUGUAAUUUUCAGUGUAUGCACAUCGCUUUGAAACAUUGAACAUUUAACGUGUAAAUUAAUAUUAGAAACGGCAUUCUACACAUACACUUAAUAAACUACAAUGUAAUUAACAAUAUAUAUCAUAAAGUAUGUACCGAACGAAAACAAUAUUUUGGUUUCGAGCGCUAUAUUUGAUAAAACGAGUGUUUAGACGAAUAAAUACGCAAAAUCGCGAGAUGAAAUCACACACUUUGCUCUAGGCAAUCACACGUUUGCUGGCACUUGGUUUCGAGAAGUACGACGGUCGACCAUCCUUUUCCAAUUUUUAAUAUCGUGUGCCACAAACACACACAAUGCGUUUUUCCACGUGAGACGAAUCUGAACAAAAUUGUUGCAUUCUUCUAGGCAGUACGCAUAUUACAUUUUAAAUAACUAAUUAUUCACAUACACACAAGCAAGCGGAAUAAAAUGGGAUAAGCGGAGCACUCUCUGCGCUUGUACAUAGAACUGGAAAAUUCUUUGCAUUCCUUUUCGCUAGCCAAUCGAAUUUUAUCUCUGCAUGUAUCUUGCUCCUCAAAUGCUAAUUGUUAACGUAAGAUUAAUUAAACGCAACACACACACAUUUAACAUAAACGAAUUAACUAACUAAAAAGUAAUGUUGGAGAACCGCGAAGGACAAAAUUAAUAAAUCGCUGUAAAGCGCGUCGUGACGUCGAUUUACCUGAUUGAAGCAAUUAAAACUAAGUAAAGGACAAGGAGUCUCGACGCGAAGAAAAGCCUUUAAUUAAGUAAUUAACGCAAUUUCUCGCAACUUGAAUUCUAACUCUUGGCUUGUUACACGAUAAUAACCGCUAUUGUAUUGUUACGAUUCCAUAAACAAAAUACUAAUAUGGCUGCUUUCGCCGCAUUUUAAGACGAAAACGAGACACGUACGCGGCCCAUGCCAGCCGAAUUUCGCCCCUGUAGACUUAAAUUUCCGUGUACUAAAUUUGGUCCUUGUCGUCAGGAUAAGAUCACCCCUGGCUCGCUAACAUAUCCUCCCUGAGCGGCGAGUUAUUGAGGCAUGGGCGCGAAACUCACGUUGUUUUCGUAUAAUUUCCUCGGUCUUAUGAUUCUUUAGUUCAGAGCUGGCCAUCUUGCGUGAGUAAAAAUAAACUUUCCUCCUAUCUCUCUCACCUUUGAAUAAAUCACUAACUAAUCAAUCGAUACAAUUAACUCUAGCAGAGAAGCCGCGAAGUUGAACACAAAUAUGCUGAGGGAAGAUUCUAAAAUAUACGCCAGACAUUAUAAAAGGCGGAGCGGCGCAUUCCGAUUAAUUAGUUUUAAGCGUGUGUCUGCGAAUUAUAGUUUUUUGACCUCUCGCUGCACUCGGAAGCCCUCGACGCUCACAACGAGAUUGAGAAGGGAGGAAAUUUCGGGUCCGGGUGGGUGGAAAAUCUGCUAUCACUCGUUAUUUCUACUGACAAGUUAGUCCGUCUCAAUUUCUGGCCGGGACUUGAUGAGAAAUGUAUCGGCUGCCGCGAAAUAACAAUAAUUGCUGCUGCGGGACCAGCGUUCGAAUCCGAUUUCCACCCGUGCGCGCGCGUGCUCCGAUUUUUCUUCCCGUCGUUUCCGAGCAAUUCUUCGGUGUAAUGACGGAAAUCGCACUCACUCACUCACUCUCAGAGACCAAACAAUAAAUGUCGAAUUGCGCUUUGGAUUGAUUUGGCACCCACAAACAUGGCCUCUCUGACAUAUAGACCACUCUUAGUUGUGUAGCGUGUGUAAUCGAAGCAGCAGCAGCAUUGUAGUCGAUAUGCAGACCUAUCAAUAAAUCACAUUGUUCAGUAAACA